GCCGGACACAUUAGGGAGCGGACCGCGAAGCUUUGGCUGUUGGGAAGCUGCGGAUUUGAGUAGUAGUAGCAAUAGAAGUAGUAGUUUUCAGAAUGACUACAGAGGCAACGUUGUUGUUAGAAACUGUGAAUUUCGCAGCGGAAAAACACCGUAACCAGCGACGGAAAGAUCCGGAAGGAACGCCGUAUAUUAACCACCCCAUCGGAGUGGCCAGAAUCCUGAGCCAUGAGGGGGGGGGUCUCGGACGUAGAGGUCCUGCAGGCGGCGCUGCUGCACGACACGGUGGAGGACACCGACACCUCCCCCGCCGAGCUGGAGGCCCGCUUCGGGCCCGUGGUGGCGCGCAUCGUCCAGGAGGUGACCGACGACAAAGGGCUGGCCAAGGCGGAGCGCAAGCGGAUGCAGGUGGAGCGGGCGGCGCGCUGCAGCCGGCAGGCCAAGCUGGUCAAGCUGGCCGACAAGCUGUACAACCUCAGGGACCUGAACCGCUGCACGCCCACCGGGUGGACGGCUGAGCGGGUCCAGGAGUACUUUGUGUGGGCCUGUGAGGUGGUGAAAGGCCUCAGAGGAACUAACUCUGCUCUGGAGGAGAAGCUGGAGGAGCUGUUCAAACAGAGAGGAGUCCAGCUUUGACAGAACGCUGGAAAACGGACUGUUUAAAUCUUAUAGGAAAAAGAAAAUAAAUGCUUUUUCAAAACAAUUUGUGCUGCAUUUGGUUUGUGGUAAAUUAUCAAUUCACAUAUAGCUUUAUUAAAAACGAUAGGAAAUUAUCUCAAUGAGGUGUUGGAUCACCCAGUAGAACCCGUUUUUAUUCCACUGAUGUUUGCUUUGGAAGAAAUGUCCGAACACCAAGAUAGAAUUGACACAAGUAACCCUUCUCUUUAAGAGUAGUAAUUAAUCGAGUGGGCCUUGUUAUA